UAAUAUGAGAAAUCACAUUAAUAACUAUCAUGUAAUUUUUAUAAUUUCCCGCCUAAAUAACUAAUGUUCCACGUGUCUACAUGAUCAAGCUGCACCUAAAUUUUUGUCGCAUUGUAGUUCGAGGAUAAUAUUGUAGUUUCAAAAGAGCAUAAUUGAUAAAUUAUACAAGUUACAAUUGAUAGAAUCAAUUUACCUCAUAUAGUUAUAGUUGUGAAGAACCUGGGGAGUUUUCGAAGCACUAUGAUUAUUUUUAUAGAGAGUUUUCUGUGUCACCUAUGUUUAUAAAACUAAACUAUUCAUUUGACAUCAUUUUUAGAAGAACGUGCUUAUUUAUUUAACAUCAAUAACUUCGUUAAUUUUUCGAAAUUUUCAUUAGUGAAUGAUAAUCUUAGUUGCAAAUUUAUUAUGUUUUUUAUCCUUCUUUUAUAAAUUACACUCAUAAUUUGCAAUUGAAACUUAUAAAAGCUGUAAAUUCGAUUGAAAAAGUAACAUAUUGGAGAUUCAAUUUCAUGUGACCUGUUCUAUUUUACUAGUAUUUUUUAAUGAUGGAACCAACCGAAUUGAAAAAAAAUCAAAUGAGUGGUCAAGGUGUUCAGCAAUUACAUUUAUCACUAAUUAAAUCUCAACCAGAUACUGAUAAAUCACUCAUACUUCUUGAAAACGAAAAUACCAUGGAAAAAUCCACUACAGAAAAACCGAAACAAGCUGUUCUUGAAGUUGAUAGUGAUCAUAAUAAUGCCAAUGCUAUUCAUGAUGAUUUAUCAAUUGAACGACCUAUAGGACAACCUCGACAGUAUGAUCCUACAAUUGAUGAUAGAUUGCCAGACACUGUUACUCUGCUUACUACUCCUGAAGGUGCUAAAGUUUAUCUUAUAGGAACUGCUCAUUUUAGUAAAGAGAGUCAAGAUGAUGUAUCGUUGAUAAUUCAAGCAGUUCAACCUCACAUUGUCAUGAUUGAGUUAUGUAAAGCUCGAGUACACGUGUUACAAUUGGAUGAAAAGACUAUUCUAGAAGAAGCAAAAAAUCUUAAUCUGCAUAAAAUCAGACUUUUGAUAAAGCAAAAUGGCUUUUUUAACGGUUUGAUUUACAUUCUUCUAUUGAAUAUGUCAGCUAAUGUAACAAAACAACUAGGAAUGGCACCGGGAGGCGAAUUUCGUCGCGCCUUUUUAGAGGCUAAACGAAUACCAAACUGUUUAGUUCAUCUUGGCGAUCGUCCAAUAAAUAUAACAUUACAUCGAGCUUUGCAUUCUCUUACCUGGUGGCAAACAAUAGUUUUAUUUUGGAAAUUAUUAAGAACAAAAGAUCCAAUUACUAAAGAAGAUGUCGAACGCUGUAAACAUCGAGAUUUAUUAGAGAAAUUAUUGGCUGAUAUGACAGCAAAAUUUCCAUCACUUGGUGAAACUUUUGUUAAUGAACGAGACCUCUUUCUGACCCAUUCUCUACAACUGGCUGCAUCAAGACUUUUUCAAACAUCUGAUGGUAUUAUGCCUGCCAGAGUUGUAGGUAUUGUUGGUAUAGGUCAUACGCCUGGUAUGAUAAGAAAUUGGGGAAAAGUUAAGUCUUCCGACAUUGCUCCACUCAUGAACAUACCUCCUCAAUCACUGUCAGUGAAAAUUCUUCGAAUAACUUUCCGGGCAUCACUGAUAGGUGCAAUAGUAUACGCAGGUUACAAAUUAUUACCACUGCCAUCAGGAGCAACGUUUCAAUCACUCAAGUCAUCGGUGGAAGGGCUUGUAAAGUAUUGUCUGGAAAUCUUCGGUCUUUGAAUUAAAAAAAGGACUAAUUAUGGAUACUGGUUGUGGAAGAGAGGAUGAAUAUGAGCAUCCAAUAUGCAACGUAAUGUACGUAGCUAAUAAUAUUCCAGGCAAAGGAAUUAAUAU